AUGCCAAAUGGGAUGCUCAUGCGCAUUUUCUGCCUACUUUCCGCCUAUUUUGGAGUGGCAUACGCAACUGGUUGCUACAGAUGCGUCUCAAAAGAGGAUAGCCUAGACCCAAUUACAAGGAUUCAAAUCCGAAACCAGAUCGACACUUUCUUCGUACCGGUUGAAGCCAGAUCUCCCGGCUGCUCUCAAACCAUUGAUGAAGAUACGCCAAAUGUUGAGCUGCAGCUCUGUUCAGUCUUUCCAUAUUGUGUCACAUUGAUGCCAAAUGUGCCUAAUUCCACCUAUGUCGUUCGGGGAUGCUUUGAACUAACCCUCCGCUCAAACCUUCGUGAAAAUCAGGCACUCCGCGAGGCACCAGGCUGCUUCCUGAUUAAAUCUCGCCCCGGCGUCCCAGCCAAUUCGACCCUCGACUACAUCGUCUGCAUCUGUGAGGGCGACUACUGUAACUACGAGCCGAUACCCCAUUUCGAAGACAUUUCAUAUAUGGAUCCGAGAAAGCCAAUCCAACGCCUCGCUAACCACAACGGGACCCUGCAAUUUGUCAGCAGCUCUUCCUCCCCAAAUUUAAUAAUCUUUUAUGUCAUGCUCGAUAUUAGUCUU